ACUGUCAUUACUGUCACAGUUAGAAUGUUAUCACCGGCAUAUCGCUCUUUAUUUUGCAGGAUUCCGAACCCACGUAAAGUUUUAUCAUUCGUCCAAAUUCUACAACAUCGUUCCGCUUCCUUUAAAAACAUGACGUCGCCAGCAAAGUGGAAAGUCGAGAAAACCAGAAUUUUAAACAUGCAGUUAGACGAAAAAAGAAAACUUUAUGCAUCGCCAGACUACGUAACUCUCGAGAGUGUUUUCCCUUGGGAUGACUGUAUUAGAACGCAAAAGGGUCUCGAGUCCAAGAAGCAUAAUCUGGAAGACUUGGAAGUAUUUAAAAGUGCCAGAAUUGACAAUGAGAAGAACAUGGAACUGAUCAGAAAGGUCUCAAUUUUCAAAGGGGAUAUUACGAAACUUGAAGUUGAUGCUAUAGUGAAUGCGGCUAAUUCUCUUCUAAAAGCUGGUGGUGGUGUUGAUGGAGCCAUACAUAGGGCUGCUGGACCACUAUUACAGCAAGAAUGCAACACCCUGGGAGGCUGCCCUACCGGCCAGGCCAAGGUCACUGGAGGCUAUAACUUGCCGGCUAAAUAUGUCAUCCACACAGUGGGCCCUCAAAACGGCUCGGCACCAGACCUUCAAUCCUGCUACGAGAAAUGCCUUUCCUACGUAAAGGAAUACGAUUUAAAGUCCAUCGCCUUCCCCUGCAUCUCAACUGGCAUCUACGGCUUCCCUAACCGUCUAGCUGCCCACAUUGCUUUGAAAACUGCGAGAAAGUUUCUUGAACAGAAUCCACAGAUGAACCGGAUCAUUUUCUGCACUUUCCUGCCGAUAGAUGUGGAUAUAUAUGAGACAUUGAUGCAGAUGUAUUUUCCUAUGUACGAACGAAAAUAUAAUGAUGGGGCCAGUGUGACUGAAUAAGGAACAAAAAAGAACUGAAAAUUACAAGCCAGGACUCAAUACUUUUGGAAUCGUAGGCCGUAGGGCAGCUGAAAAUAUACACCCAUCUCUUUCUUUGAGAUCAUAGUGUUAGUACCUAACAUACGCAAGAUAGAGAUAAAUAAUUUUAAACCUGCACUCUUUUCCCCAGAGUACCGCUCACAUUAAAGAAACGCACACAAACAAGGGAGAAACAUCUUUAGUGUGUGAUGCAUCUAUCAGAAUAUUCAGAAUACUUUAGAUGUUAUGUGGACGUAGGUGCCGUGGAAUUAAACAUAUAUUUCUAUGGGAUAAUAUAAUGGUAUAGUCGUUUCAUAUUAAUAAUUACAUUUUAUAUCUUAACUGCUAUCAACGAUCUGAUACAUAGUGUUGUUGGUUUUUUAGGGCAUAUUAUUACGAUUGUUUGGAUUUUCAUAUCAACAAUUGCUUUGGCAGUUUGGCACUUUAUAUGAGAAAGUUUUUUACUGUAGUCGCGUGUUUUACUAGUUUUCUAUUUUUCAGAUUGGUGUAACCAUCUCAUUUUUUCGCGGACAUAUUGUCUUUUUAUAAAUGUAAUAAAAUGUUAAAACGUC